UCAUUAUAUUUGAUGUCUUGUUUAUAUCUGAUGUUUUGUUCUAUAUGUUGUUGCUACAUGUGUGAAAUAUUCAUGGCAAUGGUAGUUAUUACAGCCAAUUUCUGGCAAAGGACCAAAAACAACCCUUCAAACAGAUCAUGUUUUAACUGUCUUGGGACAUCCCAGGUCCUUGAACUUGAUAUUUUUGGUGACACAAUGGUGGGAGAUGAGAUGAGAAGAGGCAUCUCUGGAGGUCAAAAGAGGAGACUGAGUACUGGCAAUAUGACUCCAGUGAAGUCUGCUCUAGUAACCGGCUGCACGGCUUCAGUUGAUAAUCAAUUUGAAAUGAGCCAUAACAACCAUAUGCGCCCUCUUCUUUCUGUAACCCUUUCAAAAUUGUUGAGAUGAGAUUAGCAACUUGUUGCUGAAUUUGUUACCAACAAUCAGAAAAAUUAGUGUUAAAUGAGUAGAUUACAAGUUGAAAAUUGACAUCAUUUUCGUUUGAACUCUGGCAACAAGUGGACGCAAUGUGAUCUGACAAAAUUUUUGCUGAGGGUGUAUAUGAUGUUAUAGUUUUAAAUCGUGAUUUGCUUGAAAUGUUGUGUGAAAUUGUGAAUUUUGUGUUUCAUUUGCUUCAGUUUAAGCCAGAGGAUUAGAGGGCCAUCUUUCAUCUCCUGUUUCUGCUUUUAUAUAUCUUUCAUAUUAUUUAUUUAUUUGUAUUCACUGAAUGUUGAUUCGAAUUUCAGUGCAAGUGUUAGUUUUCUGGUGGUUGC